AUGUCGAUCGAAGAGCGGUCGAAGCGAUUCACCCCCAAGGUGUCCGCAGCCUUUUGCAUGGCACGAGUAUGGAGUGGAGGCCAAGGUGGCCAAUGCCCACUGAUGCCUGAAAAACGGGGCCUCUGCCUCUUUCAUGCAGAGAAGGAUGAAGAAACUGGACUGAGCCACGGGAGGGUCGACGGCGCAAUCCCGGAGGAUAAGUUGCUCGAGUUCGAGGCCUUCACUGCGAGGAGUAGCAUCAGCCCUGCGACAAGUCGUGAACGGAGCCGCAGCGACAGGCGCGCAAAGACUCAGGAGACCAAGACCGAGUCCAAGUCGAAAACCAAAGCAAAAGCAGCAAAAGCAGCAAAAGAAGCAAAAGAAGCAAGUGCCAAAGCAAAGGCAAAAGACAGAGCCAGAGACGACAGGAGUGUCCGCACGGACCGCCCUCGCUGUACGGCGCGUGUUUGGGCGGGCGGCGAAGGUGGACAGUGCAAGGCCACAUGUGAAAUCGAAGGUGGCCUUUGCGGUCGACACCAGGCUGAGGCAGACCAGUUGGGAUAUCCGAAGCAUGGCUUCAUCCAUGGUGAGAUACCCGAGGCAAAGUACAAGGAGUUCAAGAAAGAAGCAGCAACUGAGCUGACAAGUCUCACAGGACAAGAAGGGAUGGUCAAUGCCCAGUCCGCAAGCUCCACCGUCUGGCAGCACCAUCGUCCAGCGAGCUUUGUGGCCGCCUUUCAAUACCUCAGUCCAGAAAAAGGCAAGCUACGUAAAGCGGAGGCGCCGGAAGCCUGGCGUGAGUGGAAAGAGAAGGUAAAGCACCUGGUAAAGCAGCAUCAGCAAGCACGGUUCUGCGAUUUCGAUUGCAUGCGAUACUCCGCGGGCUCCGGAGCCGCACCCGACUCAGAGGAGGAGCGCUACCUGGAAGCUUCAGCGCUUCUGGAGGCCAGUGAUCAGUACGCGCGCCACAGCGGGUGCCGCUUCCGACGAGCUUCAUUCGAGGACUUGACAGAAGAAGGCUCUGACCCCGAGCUGCAGGCUGCAAAAGCACAAGCUGCCCCUGUGGUGAAGGAGUUUUUAGCCAGACUGAAGGACUCCCCAGACCAGGCGCUUUUGAAAGACUUCAACGAGGCUUUUGAUGCCCUCUGGACAGAGAGUAUGCGCAGCUCCAUGGUGGCCAGGUGCCACCAGCUUGACCUGUGGCCGCCAAGCCCAUCGCCACUUGGCAUCGCGGAGGACGACGUCGAGUAUGAGGCGGAUACCACGUCCCUGUUCGCCAUCGCCCAGCGACUGUACAACCAUGACUGUCGUCGCAAUGCCUCGACCAUGAGGCGCUUGUCGACGGCAUCUUUCCUUGCAGACUUCGCGUACGAAGCAGGCAUUCCGACACCCGACUUUUUCCGGAGCAGGAGUCCGGUCCUGGACAAGUUCGAACAGAUGGCAGAUGAGUACGAAGAGCAGAUGCAGUUCCCACCAACGCGUCGUUCUCAUUCCUGGUGGUUGCCAUGGAAUUUGAUAUGGGAUGCAGGCUCUUGGCUGUAUGGCAUCUUCUCACGAGCCUUGCGACCUAUUGUGGAUGCUGCAUGCACAUCGCGGACGAAGAAGCUCGAAUAA